AUGGUGGUGCGUAUAUUCACAUCCGCCUCGUCGUUCCAUCUGCCACCGACCACCGGUGCUGCGUGGCUCUUAGUGGUGCUGUUGGUGGCCACCGUCGAUCUCGACACCGGCCCCUGGCUUGGUCAGGUGGAGGGCGGUGCGGUCGGAAUGCGAGAGAAGCUGAGCGUUUACGAGCAGCGGCGCUACCAGCGUCAGAUCGAGGAAAGUGAAAACAGUGGCCUGUACGAUGCGACCGAUUCCGUCAUCUCGCUGACCGCGGCCAACCUGAAGCAGCGCGUCUUUAACCAACCGCACGCUUCGCUGGUCGAGUUUUACAACUCGUACUGUGGGUUCUGUCGCCGGUUCGCACCGAUCUGGAAGCAGCUGGCAACGGACAUACUUGGCUGGCAGAAGCUGGUGCGCGUGACCGCGCUGGACUGUUCGCGCGAUGAAAACAAUGCCGUGUGCCGGGAGUUCGAGGUGAUGGCCUAUCCGACGAUACGGUUCUUUGCACCGUACUAUGCGGAUGGCGAACAGAAGAUAGGAGAACCAGUGAAAGAGCACGAUGAACAACGCAUCAUCGAUCGGUUGAUCGAGUACAUGCAGCACGUCGAUAAUAAACCGACCAACUGGCCCAAUCUAACCGCCAUCAAUCGUACGGACGAUAAAGCGUCCCUGUUCGAUGUGACCUCCCCGGUCGGUACCGCACGGCCCAAGUAUGUGUAUCUGAUUAACGAAAAGGACACGAAUGCGACAAUCGGUUCGCAGGUGAUUCUGGAUUUUCAUGAUACAGCGGAUGUCGUCGUGUAUCGGAUGCACGAUCCAACCCUCACAACUAACGGCCUCUCCGUCGUGGAUGGUUCCUCACUGAGCGUAAUAAACCUGCCGAUCGAUGAGUUUUCCCGGGAGAAAGUGCGCGAAGCGAUACGAUCACAUCUGCGCCAGCAUCACAUCGUCGUGACGGACGUGUCAACCAAGUCGACUAAGAAAGCGAGUGGCGAACCGGGUGGUGCAUCAGGUACGACCGAACAGAACAUAUCGGCCUUGAUGGAACAAAAGCAGGAAGCUGCUAUACGUGCGAAGGUGAAGGAACUCGGUGCGGCCGUUGUAUAUCAGGCGGAUCUGGAGGAAGCGAUACGGUUCGCACUGUUUCACGAGAUUGGCCGGUACAAAACGAUCGAGAGUGAUCGGUUGGUCGCUUUGCGUAACUUCCUGAACGUGCUGGUACGCUACUUCCCGUUCAACGGCAAUGGACGACGGUUCCUGACGGAACUGCGACAGUACGUACUGAACGCGGGCGAAGAACGGAUCGAUGGUGAAGCGUUUGCUGCACGGGUCAAAUCGCUCGAAGCGGAACGGAAGCCAGUGUUCUCGUCCAACCACUGGAUCGGUUGUUCCGGUUCGAGGGAAGGAUUGCGACGGUAUCCGUGCGGUUUGUGGACACUGUUUCACUAUCUAACGGUGCAGGCUGCCGAGAGUGAUCUGUCCAAUAACCCGCUGGAGGUGCUGGAAGCGAUGCAUGGGUACGUUAAGAAUUACUUCGGAUGUUCCGAGUGCUCGCAGCACUUCCAGCAGAUGGCGAAUAAAAAUCGCAUCUGGCAGGUGGCGACCAAGGACGAGGCGGUCCUGUGGCUUUGGUCUAGUCAUAAUGAGGUAAACAAGCGUCUUGCCGGCGAUGCGACUGAAGAUCCGGAACACCCGAAGGUACAGUUCCCGAGUGCAACCGAUUGCACACCGUGUAGACAGAAGAUCCUUACCAACCACCACAACCACCAGCAGUACACGAUGGAGGACGGUAAUGAAUGGAAUCUGACCGAGGUGUUGCGCUAUCUGAAGCACAUGUACGCUUACGAUCGGCGCCAUCUGUUCGGUCUGCACGAUAGCAGUCUCGCCCCGCAAGGUUCCGAGGGACGAUCGGAAUGGGGCGGUGAAGCGGCGUCCGGUGCCCAGACGAGCUACCAUUCGUACGGCAAUGUGCUCAGUGACAUCGACAUCCGGUUCAGUGCGCUGCUGUACAUAACCUGCAUUGUGAUGAUUGUGAUUGCGAUCAAGAUGGUCGUGAAGCGAGGCUAUCGAAAGAAGAUGUACCCACACGACAUCCUGGGUAAGGUGUAGGCAUUAACU